AUGUCUCUGCCUGUCAGGAAUUUAAAGUGUCUCUCGCCGGUCAUGUGCCAGUGUAAGGUCAUCUGCAGCAACCGGACCCUCUCUCUCAUGUUCGGGUGCAAGUACAGGUACCAGGAUGAGGAGACGCCCCCCUUGGAGCACAGUCCAGCACAUCUGGCUCCUGGGAAAAGUGCCGAGAUGCUUCAUAUGAGUGACAAGAACCUUGCUGCCAUGGAGGCCAUACAUGGCUACACACCACACACACAUAUCUCUCCUGUCAAGGGAAAUACUCCUCCCGUGGUGGUGAACACUGACACGCUCGAUGGCUCCCCAUAUGUGAAUGGGACAGAAGGGGAAAUCGAAUAUGAAGAGAUCACACUGGAGAGAGGCAACUCAGGCCUAGGCUUCAGCAUUGCGGGGGGAACAGACAACCCCCAUGUGGGCGACGACCCCAGCAUCUUCAUCACCAAAAUCAUACCUGGAGGAGCCGCGGCUCAGGAUGGACGGCUUAGUGUGAACGACUGCAUCUUAUUUGUGAAUGAUGUUGAUGUGAGGGAGGUGACACACAGCCAAGCUGUGGAAGCUCUUAAGGAGGCAGGUGCUAUCGUCCGCCUCUACGUUCUCCGCAGAAAACCAGCAGCUGAGAAAGUCACUGAAAUCAAACUCAUCAAAGGGCCUAAAGGAUUGGGUUUCAGCAUUGCUGGAGGGGUGGGAAACCAGCACAUACCAGGAGAUAACAGUAUCUACGUCACCAAGAUCAUUGAAGGAGGGGCGGCUCAUAAAGAUGGGCGUCUGCAGAUCGGGGACAAGAUCUUAGCGGUGAACAGCGUGUGUCUGGAGGAUGUGAUGCAUGAGGAUGCGGUGGGGGCUCUGAAGAACACAGCCGAGGUGGUGUACCUCAGGGUGGCCAAGCCCAACAACCUGUUCCUGACCAACUCCUACAACCCUCCAGACCUCACCAGCACAUAUUCCCAUAUGGAUACUGAACUCAGCCACCCCAACUAUCUUGGGUCAGAUUACCCACAAGCCCUCACUCCCACUUCACCUAGUCGGUUUUCUCCUGUUCUGCAUGGCAUGAUGGGAGAUGAUGACAUCCCAAGGGAGCCUCGCAGAGUUUUGAUCCACCGAGGCUCCACAGGUCUGGGAUUCAACAUUGUUGGAGGAGAGGAUGGAGAGGGAAUCUUUAUCUCCUUCAUCCUGGCAGGAGGGCCAGCUGACCUCAGCGGAGAGCUGCACAAGGGCGAUCAGAUCCUCAGCGUGAAUGGUGUUGACCUGCGUAUGGCCACACACGAACAGGCAGCUGCAGCAUUGAAGAACGCUGGCCAGACAGUGACCAUCAUCGCUCAGUACCGACCCGAUGAGUACAGCCGUUUCGAGGCUAAAAUCCAUGACUUGAGGGAACAGCUGAUGAACAGCAGCAUGGGAUCUGGGACCACGACGCUAAGAAGCAACCCAAAGAGAGGCUUCUACAUCAGGGCUCUUUUUGACUAUGACAAGACUGCGGACUGUGGCUUCCUCAGUCAAGCACUGGGCUUCAGGUUUGGAGAUGUGCUGCAUGUGUUGGACUGCGGAGAUGAGGAGUGGUGGCAGGCCCGUAAAGUCAGCCCCCAGAAUGAGGCUGAAGAGGUCGGCUUCAUCCCUAGCAAGCUCAGGGUGGAAAGAAAAGAGUGGUCUCGUGUUAACACCAAAGAGAGGGACCAUGGUCGAGAUACCUUGAGCACUCAAGGGAGAGAUAAACCAUCACACAGUUAUGAGACAGUCACCCAAGUGGAAGUUCAUUAUGCGAGGCCCAUCAUCAUCCUGGGUCCUGUGAAGGACAGGAUAAAUGACGACCUGUUGUCUGAGUUUCCUGAUAAGUUUGGAUCUUGUGUACCACACACCACGCGGCCCAAGAGGGAAUAUGAGGUGGAUGGACGGGACUAUCACUUUGUGUCGUCACGGGAACAGAUGGAGAAGGACAUCCAGAGCCAUCGGUUCAUCGAGGCAGGCCAGUACAACAGUCACCUGUACGGCACCAGUGUCCAGAGUGUCCGUGAGGUGGCUGAGCAGGGGAAACACUGCAUCCUGGACGUAUCGGCCAACGCUGUGCGCAGACUACAAGCAGCUCAGCUUCAUCCUAUCGCCAUCUUUGUCCGGCCCAAGUCACUGGAGAAUGUCCUAGAGAUCAACACUCGCCUGACAGAGGAGCAGGCCAGGAAAGGAAUGGACCGAGCCCUCAAACUAGAACAAGACUUCCUAGAGUGUUUCUCAGCUGUCGUGGAAGGGGACAGCUUUGAAGAGGUCUAUCACAAAGUAAAGACAGUGAUCGAGGAGCAAUCAGGGCCUUACAUCUGGAUCCCCACUCGGGAGAGGCUGUGAUGCUGCACCCGCCCAACCGCCCCUCCCUCACAACCACCAACCGACACCACCCUUCACCCUCACAGCCAAGCCAGCCUCGCCUGCGUGUCUGUCCUCCAGCAAAGUCAGUGCUUAGGCAAUCACUGAGAAUGACACAGAGAGACAAAUGCAUACUAAGACAAACACAGAAACAGAGACAAACACAGGAAGUGACACAGCGAGACAAAGACUGAUACCAAAAAAGAGAC